AUGCCUCUUUAUGCCAAGUUUAUGAAAGAUUUGUUGGCAAAGAAGAGGAAUUGGAAGAAAUAUGAAAUAGUCGUACUUACCAAGGAGUGUAUUGCUAUAAUUCAAAAGAAUUUUCCUAAAAAUUUGAAAGAUCCAGGGAGUUUUUUUAUCCCUUGCACCAUUGGUGAGGUUACCAUUGAAAGAGCUCUAUGUGAUCUUGUGACUAACAUCAAUCUAAUGCCCCUGUCUUUGAUGAGAAAGCUUCAAAUUGAUGAGGUAGAACCCACUAAAAUUUCUCUACAACUCGCUGAUCGAUCUAUUAAGUUUCCGCUUGGUGUUGUUGAGAACUUGCUACUUAAGGUGGGAACCUUUAUAUUUCCUGCAAAUUUUGUUAUCUUGGACAUGGAGGAAGACAUUAAUGCUUCCAUUAUUUUAGGAAGACCUUUCCUUGCUACUAGAAGUGCCUUAAUUGAUGCUAUGCAACAUCCUAGUGAUUCGGAAGAUUGUAUAAAAAUUGAUUUGAUAGAUCCUUUGGUGCAAGAAGCACUAGAAGAGAAGGUACUCAAUGAUUCACUAGAGCCUCCUGUUGAGGAUGGUAUAGCUGAAAUUGAUGAUUGCCCACUACCCAAAGAAGUCAUACAUGUUCCUAAUAAGGAGGAGGGGACACCCAAGCUUGAUUUAAAGUCCCAACCUCCUUUUCUAAAAUAUGCUUUUCUUGGAGAAAAGGACUCUUAUCCAGUGAAAAUAAGCUCCUUUUUGAGUACUUGUGAAGAGGAACUGCUCAAGAUAUUGAAGGACCACAAAUCAGCCCCUGCUUGGACCAUUGGUAACCUUAAAGAAAUAAGCCCAGCCAUGUAUAUGCACAACAUCUAG